CCUUGUGACUAGACGAUUGGGAAUCAUCCCUGACAACAUCUUGUAAGGUCGGCUCACAACGCAAUGGAUCUCCUGAUUUGCGGUACUUGCGGCGUGCAGUAUGACAGCCACGCCGUCAAAUCAUGCAAGAUAUGCGAUGAUCCUCGCCAAUACGUCGCCGAAGAUGGCCAAUGGUUCACCACCCUCCGCGAGCUCCAAGACUCCAAAAAGUACAAAAACGUCUUCACAAAGGACAAGUACAACUCGGGCGUCGUCGCCGUCCGCACCGAGCCCCCCGUCGCCAUCAGCCAGCGCGCGUUCCUCCUCCGUUCACCCGUCGGCAACCUCCUCUGGGACUGCAUCACGUACAUCGACGACGACACUGUGCGGCGCGUCAACGAGCUCGGCGGCAUCGCCGCCAUCGUCAUCUCGCACCCGCAUUACUUCUCGACCGCGCUGCACUGGGCCGAGGCCUUUGGGUGCAAGGUGUACGUCUCGGCCGAGGACGGCGAGUGGCUCACGCGCCGCGGCGAGGCCCACGUGCUGUGGGAGGGUCGGGAGAUGGAGUUCCUUGACGGACAGUUCCUGGCCGUCAAGGUCGCAGGGCAUUACCCCGGGAGCUCGGUGCUGUUGUGGAGGAGCGAGAGGAAGCUCUUCGUGGCGGACUCGGUCAUGGUCGUGCCCAGCGGCGUGUACCACGUCGACCGGCCGCCGGGGACCGCAAGCUUUGCGUUCAUGUGGUCGUAUCCGAACAUGAUUCCGCUGUCACCUGAAGACGUUUACGACAUCUGGAAGGCUGUUUCCAAGCUUGAUUUCGAGGAUGCGCACAGUGCCUUUCCCGGACGAGAUGCCAGGGGCGAUGCGAAGCGACGGCUUUUGGACAGCGCCCAGAUCUUUGUCAAGUCUGUUGGAUACAUCGACCAUCCCAUUCAUGGCGAGAGUAUUUAGAGGUUUAACUCGUCCAAUGGAAGCAACAUGGCCUUUGACAUCCAGUGUUAGACUGCCAUCAACCAGACGGCUUGUGGCGCUACUGCAAGAUCGCGGAGGGAUGCAUCUUAGAUCACUUGCUAUUUUCUCAGGAUCCGAGACAGUUUCAACAUAGCCUUCUUACUCUUUAUUUUUCAGUCGAAACCAAAAGCUUUACGUUCCUACUCUCGCCAGCGAAAUUUUGAUCCGCUUCGAACAUCAGAGAAGUAACGAA